CAUGUCAUAGUACAACCAUGUCAUAGUACAACCAUGUCAUAGUACAACCAUGUCAUAGUACAACCAUGUCAUAGUACACCCAUGUCAAAGUACAACCAAGUCAUUUCAAAGUUUGGUGGAGCUGCGCCUGAUGUGCACUCAACAGUAAUGAAACUGACAACGCAUUUUUUUUUGUUUCGAGUCACGAUAAGACAGUAUUUCUACGAUCUGGUCGGCAUCAAGAUAAGAAAACAUGACAGCGUUAAUCUGGUUAAUGAGCCUUUUAGGACAUAGCCAGAACAUAUAGGACAUCCCAGUGUGUUUGAUUGGUAUGAACAGGCGGUCGUUGUCAACACAUACGUUCCACUGAUCAUAGAUAACGGGACUGCAGAUUAUUUCAUUGGCUCGUCUGAACCAACGAGCAGCAUGCGUAUCUUCUCGGUGUUGGUUUUGCUAUGGGGACUCGGUGAGUAAAAGCAUUGUCUAAAACUAAAACAGUACGAUUGUAUUGAGCUGAAGUGAUCGAACGGCAUGCACAACGGGUGUUUAUUCAUGCUCAGUUCACACGAUUCAAUUUUCGUCAAAUUUCUUUUUGAACGCACUGUUUAGUAAAACAAAAUAGUGUGUUCAAAGAGAAAUUUGACGGAGAUUUGAUCGUGUGAACUGAGCAUAGUGUUCUUAGAUCAGAUUGCGUACAAUCAAUUACGAAAUCUUUCGAUCAGCUGAUUUAUUUUAGCCGUAGGUGGUUUAGUUUAACAAUGGUGUGUUGUUGUUGCUUACUGUAAUCAGAAGCACACAAAAAAUAACACCAGCUCGUUAAGCUUGGAUGGCAACUCAUCUAAGAGAAGGCAAACUCUAAACAAGAUGGAGUCCCGUAAGCGGCAUGAAAUAGACACAAUGAAAUUUCCGAGAACCCUUGCGAUGUGGAAUACAUAAAGGACAGAGUGAGACGUAAGAAAUAGUUCUGGCCAUCUACUGCUUCCUGGUUUAAUUCCAGUCGUCUUGGCUAAAUCUCGCCAUUUGGAUCAAACAGGCAGAGGACGAGAGAGUGAGGCUGACGAAUUGAGCAACUGUGCCUCACAUUAAACAAAAUACAGCUCAUGUGAAGGACGCACAACAUAAUCACAGUGAAUGGUUUGAUAGACAAGCGUUGGAAAAUAAUUUUUUAUUCCUACAUUUUUUUUUUAAAUUACCAUUAUCACAUGAACAUCCCUAAUUUAAGCCAAUUUAUUUCUUAGCCCAUGGCCACCCUGCCAGACGUGGUGUUGAUCUCGCUCAGAUAUCCAGAAGGUACGCACCUUCAUGUUCUUAAAGUAGAUUCAGUAGAGUCAGUAGAGAGAGGGUGGAAAUACAACUUAAUUUAUAUAUAAAUAAAAUAUUGAAAGCAGAUCGGACGCCAAGCAGUAAAAGGUAAAAAUGUAAAAAAAAAAAAUACGAAAUAAAAAUUUGAAAAAUUUCGAAGAUAAAAAAAAAAAUUAAUUCCAAAAAACUUUUUUCCAUUAUUUUUGGCAAAUUUUUGCAAAAUUUUUUAGUCGUUUGUAGCAUCUAUGUUAUGUUUAGUAGUACGUAUAUUUUUUCGUAAUGUAUUCAUUUAAUAGAACCAGUUAAAGAAUCCAAAGUCUUGCUCCUGAAAAAGUUCCCUAAAAGUUCAAUCCCCUCUAAACUGUUUGUAUUUCCUCACAGCCGUUAUGAUAAAAUCGACGCGCCUGGAUGCGGACAGAGGCCAUUGGCUCCGGGCAACGGAGUCUCUGAGCUAGUCAGUCGAAUCAUGGGAGGAAAGGAGUCCAUUCCCUACUCGUGGCCUGCUAUGGUAGGGACUUCAGUUUGACCUGUUGAUCACUUUGUAGACAACAAUAUGGUGAAGUCAAUAUUAUGUUAAUGGCGGGCUUUAAGAUAAGAUAAGAUAAGGUAAGAUAGGAUGAGAUGAGAUGAGAUACUUUUAUUGAUAAAAAAUAGAAAUUUGUUGUUAUUGUUGCUGUGUUUUAUCAUAAAAUAUUAUUUUCAGUCUUGAAAAUCCUCGUUUGAGUAUUUCGUUGUUCCUUAAAAUUCGUUUUUUAGCAAGACUUUCGUCGAAUCAUCGUGCCGUAUGAAAAACUAUUCAGAUCUUGAGUGUAAGUUAUAAUUAUGAACAGAGUCUUGGCUAGUGGUUUGAACGGAGUUAUCCAGUUGUCUUUUUUUAAUAAGAUCAGGGUCAUUCCUUUGGUCUAUACCCAUUUGGGAUUAGACGGUUGAUUUGAUCUUGCCAUUUGUUUACAAGAUGGCGUAUCCUUUUUUUUUCCAAUAUGGCGGAUAUGAAUAUGUCUUGGUCUAUUCUAACGGUGUCCAUAAAAUCCAUGCCACCGGUGUUGCUCGCGAUCAAACGCACAAGAGUAUUAGCCAAAUCAUAAUGUAUUUAUAUCUCUGUAUCUAACGCUGGAUUGAUCAACUUACUUGUGGCGCCCUGGGCUUAAACUAGAGCUAAACGUCACAAAAUACCUACUUGUGGCGCCCUGGACUUCAACUAGAGCUAACCGUCACAAAAUACCUACUUGUGGCGCCCUGGGCUUUAGCUACAGCUAAACGUCACACAAUACCUACUUGUGGCGCCCUGGGCUUCAACUACAGCUAACCGUCACAAAAUACCUACUUGUGGCGCCCUGGGCUUCAACUACAGCUAACCGUCACAAAAUACCUACUUGUGGCGCCCUGGGCUUCAACUACAGCUAACCAUUUUAGCGUUUACAGACUUGCUAGAUCAUUGUACUUGGAAUAAGUUUCAAAACUUUGACGUGGCAAAAAAUAAUUGUGCCCAAGAAACUCCUCUUUGUCAAAGUGUCCUGUCAAUUGAGCCAAUAAUGCAUUGCCAUUCUUUUAGUGGCUAGACAAAUAAUGAUGUAUUGACAGACGAUCAGAUUUCAUUAUCGUCCCAAUGCACGCCAUUUUCCACGCGCAUCUUUUUUUAACAAUGCCUGGCUUUGUUUCCAGUGCAGCUUCCGUACCACUGACGCCCCCGAUCAACAUAAGUGUGGCGGUAAUCUGGUGAGGAACCUUGCUGGACAAUACUACCUCAUCACUACGGCCCACUGUGUCCCGUGAGUUGGUAUUUCAUGUUGUUGUUUUUUAAAGUAUUUUUAUUGUUUUUAGAUUUAUUUUUUAAUUUUUUUUAAAAUGUAUUCUUGAUUUAAUUAAAUCUAUUUUUUUAAAUAAAUUUUUAUUUAUUUUUUUUUAUUAUUUUUUUUAAAUUUAUUUUUUUAAUUUGAUGUUUUAUUAGACCUAGAUCUAAUGUCUUUUUAAUUUAAAUUAUUAUUUUUAUUUUAUUUUAUUUUUUAUUGUUUUAUUUUUUUAAUUUAAUUAUUUUAAUUUUUUUUUAAAAUUACUUUAUAUUAUUUUUUAUUAAUGUUUGUUAAUUUUAUUUAUUUAUUUAUUUAUUUUUUUAUGGCAUGAUGAUGUUUGAGCCAUGUUGUUUGUUCCCCCUCAGAGACCCCAAGGCCAGCCUGUACGAAGCUCACUGUGGUAUCCACGACAGGGCCGACUCCAGUGAGCCGAACCGUGUCAUCCUGUACUUCAACCACGCGGCCGUGCACGCGUAUGUCGUAAUCAUGUCCUGUCAAGGUGUUCAUGUGCUUGAGUAUCUGUUUGUAAUAAUGACCUUUUAUUGUGCCUGAAUGUGAAUAUGAGUAUGUAAUAAUGACCUGUUGGCAUGCUUGAAUGUGUGUAUGUAAUAAUGACCUGUUGGCGUGCUUGAAUGUGUGUAUUUAAUAAUGACCUGUUGGUGAGCUUGAAUGUGUGUAUGUAAGAAUGACCUGUUAGCGUUCUUGAAUGUGUGUAUGUAAUAAUGACCUAUUGGUGUGCGAGUAUGUGUAUGUGAUAAUGACCUAUUGGUGAGCUUGAAUAUGUGUAUGUAAUAACGACCUGUUGUGGUGCUUGAAUGUGUGUAUGUAAUAAUGACAUGUUAGCGUGCCUGAAUGAGUGUAUGUAAUCAUGACCUGUUGGUGUGCUUGAAUGUGUGUAUGUGAUAAUGACAUGUUAGCGUGCCUGAAUGAGUGUAUGUAAUCAUGACCUGUUGGUGUGCUUGAAUGUGUGUAUGUAAUAAUGACAUGUUAGCGUGCCUGAAUGAGUGUAUGUAAUCAUGACCUGUUGUGGUGCUUGAAUGUGUGUAUGUAAUAAUGACAUGUUAGCGUGCCUGAAUGAGUGUAUGUAAUCAUGACCUGUUGGUGUGCUUGAAUGUUUGUAUGUAAUUACUAUAAGUCAGUGUGCUGUAGUAAAUGGCUGUAACCAUGACCUCUUCGUUUUCUGGAUUUUUAACGCAUUGACAUUUGCGGCGUCUGGUGUACCACUGCAUAUCUUAGAAAUCGGCUGUCCAUAUAGGUGUCGCAUCUCGCAAUAAUCUGAUUUGAAUCCUUCUGACCAGCGGCCAAGUCAGUUUUCCACAUGGGCAUUGCACUAACUGAAUUAUACUCGGGCAAUUUUAAUUUUAUGUUCAUUACCUUCUUACUACUCUAAUUGUUUUGUGGAUAGUAUUUAAACGUGUAUGUUUAAAGUAGAAGGUCUCUGUAAACAGAAGCAAUUAAUACCACAGGGCAUCAGACUUGCUUAAGUGACCCCCUCGAUGACCUUACCAGAAUUACCUCUAGAGCAGUGGCUCUCGUCCUGACUAAUGCCGCGACUCUUCAAUGCAGUUUCUUUAUGUUGUGUCGACCCCAACCAUAAAUAAAAUUAUUUUCAUUGCUACUUCAUAAUUAUAAUGCGUUUUUUGAUGGUCUUAGACGACCGCUAUGUAAAGGGUCCUUCGACCUCAAAAGGAAUCGCGACCCACAGGUUGAUAACCGCUGCUCCAGAGAAAUGCACUAACUCGUGUUUAAAAUAAAACAAUACAGUUCAGUAUUUGAUAACGUCUAAAUGGAUUGGAUGAACCAUGAAACUGAUGAGCCAAUAUUUUGGGGCGCAAAGAGAAAAAAAAACAAUUGGCGCAAACAGUUUCUUCAUUGCGAGUAAAUUAAAUCGAGCAAUUUUCUACUGGCCCACUGUCGCUGAAUGCCAUGAUAUUCAACUUUGUCACUCUGUAAAAAAAAACUUGGGUUAAACCUGAGUUGUCAUUGCACGGGUUCUGUGUUAAUAAUGUUGGGGGCUAGGACCAUGCAUUAAUGAUAGGUUCACUUUAUGACAGGUUCACUUUAUGACAGGCUAACUUAAUGACAUGUUCACUUAAUGACAUGUUCUCUUAAUGACAGGUUCGCUUAAUGUCAGUGUCACUCAAUGGCGUGUUCACUUAAGGACAGGCUCACUUAAUGUCAGGCUCCCUUAAUGUCAGGCUCACUUAAUGUCAGGCUCACUUAAUGUCAGGCUCACUUAAUGUCAGGUUCACUUCUCACUUAAUGACAGGUUCGCUCAAUGACUGUCUCGCUUAAUGACAGGCUUAAUUAAUAAGCGCCUGGUUCUGGCUUUUUCGUUGAUUUAAGAGGAGAACGUUUCUUUCUUCCCACCCCACCACCAAGUGCAUCACCGAUACCAAUAAAUUAACUGUUAAACUUCGACUCUUUUUCACAGGAACCACAAUCCGUGGACUUACGAUUACGACAUCGCGGUCCUGAGGGUGAUCACUUCCGUCACCACCAGUAACUACAUCUCUGCCGUGUGCAUUCCCAAUGAAGGCUGGUACCCCAACAACUCGGCCAUUGCUGUGGGAUGGGGAAGCCUCGGCUCAGGUGAGGGUGAAGCCAUGUGACCUGGCAAAUACUGUUAAGUUUUAUAUUGUCAACAGCAUGGCUCCCCGGGUCUGUCAAAGCUCCCGGGUCUUCUAACGCUCCCGGGUCUUCAUAAGACUCCCGGGUCUGCCAAGGUUCCGCAGGUGUGAAAAGGCUUCCACGUCUGCCAAGACUCCCACGUCUGCCAAGGCUCCCAGACCUGCGAAGACCCCCACGUUUGCCAAGACUCCCAGGUCUGCCAAGAGUCCAACGUCUGCCAAGUCUCCCACGUCUGCCAAGGCUCCCAGGUCUGCCAAGACUACAACGUCUGCCAAGUCUCCCACGUCUACCAAGGGUCGCAGGUCUGCCAAGACUCCAACGUCUGCCAAGGCUCCCACAUUUGACAAGGCUCCUAGGUCUGCCAUUUACAGCGAAAGCUUCGUGUUGUUUUGUUGACCAGCUUGAGGGUAGGGUGUUGUUAAUUGCAUCACCGUAGAGAUCUAGAAGGUCGGGGGUUGGGGGGGGGGGGGGGGCUUUGCUGUUGAGGCAACUUUCAAAUAACUUCAUUUUUCAGGAACCUGUCUCUACAUAACUUGUAUUUUCUCUUGUACUUGAGUGAGACGAACCAUCAAGCUUAUAUGAGGCAGCCAACUGAAACACUGAGAUAAGUCUGUCCCUUCAGUUCACUUCAAUUGCAACACAGACUGGUGUCUUGCUCCGUUUCAUUAGUGUUUCUUUCAGGCGGCUUUCCGGAAAAAAAGGGGGGGGGGGCAGGUGUUUGGCACCAGAGGACAAGAUUUAUCUUUAUGUCACCCCUUCAAAUCUGAAACCAAUUAUUUUCAUCCAUUGAAUAAAACUAAAAUCAAAGCCCAUUUUGACACUCCCGCUAUUCUGACGCCCCAAGGAAAUCUGUCCCCCCUGCCUCCACUAAGCUAGGCCUCUGGACACUGGUACUGACCAAACGAGACUAUGAAAUACCCUCUCCCCCUCGGAGGUAAGUCUGAAAGAAACACCGCCACCUUCCCCCAUAAAAAAAAUCAAAUCGUUACAAAAGAUAAAACAGAUUCUAAAUUUUAAAAAGGUUAAAUGGUAAUCAAAACAUUGAAAAGACAUAUUAAUCACGAUAGAAUGAGACUGCCAGUCAGUAAAUGGACCGUUACAUUUCAGCCGGCGUGUCCCCCUACAAGCUGCACCAGGUCACAAAGCCCAUCAAGUCCAGACCAGUCUGUGAAGAGCGUUACGGGUCCGCCUCCAUCACCCUGAGGAUGCUGUGCGCUGGACUGCCGGAAGGUGGCGUCGACUCGUGUGAGGUGAGCAACUUCCUCCUCCUCAUCCUCAUGUCCCUUAGUCCUUGGACCGUUGGUGCGCCACAGAUGACAUGUGAACCAUCCUCCUCCAUUCGUCUCUGUCUUCAGCACUACGCACUGUAUCGCCCAGUGUUAGUCCUGUCCACUCGUUGAUGUUAUCCUCCCAUCUUUUUCUUUGUCUUCCUCUUCUUCUCCCUCCUCUUGUGGUGCCCUGCAAUAUUUCUUUGGCAAGCCCUUGUUUCCUUGUUACGUGGCCGUGCCAUUGUAAUUUGCGUUUCUUUCACAGUCACCAGUAAUGAGCAACUUACCCGUUUGAUAAACCUUUCUUUUUCUUCCAAUCUUACUUUUUACCUGGUUGUUUUAAACACCUCAAACUGUUAACAUUUUAUUUUAGCUCCCCCUGCAACCCAACCCCCCCCUCUCGCCCCCGGCCCACCUUCACCGCACAUGCGCAUCCUUAAUAAAUAAAGUUAUUGCACUUAAACAAAAUCAUUUCCUCUUAAUGUGUAUUGCCAUGUGACCAUAUGCACACGUGUUCAUUGGUUAGGAUGAAAAUUAUUUUUAAUUCUAAUUUCCCAGGGAGACAGCGGUGGCCCCCUGUACACGUAUAUCGAGAACAGAUGGACGCUCACUGGUAAUGAUUGAAAAUGGAUUUAAUUUUCCUAUUUUUAUAAAGUUCACCGAAAUUUCUGUAUAAUUUUGUAGUUAUAUUGAUUCACUAAUUUAAUUCUUCAUAUUAUAUAUUCGUUUUAAUCACACAUAAAAAAAUUUUUUAAUAAAAACAUUUGUCUUUGUUAUCAUAUUCCACAAAUGUGUUUACUUUUGGCUCUCGGAAUUUCAUGAUUUUGCUCCAUUUUGCUCUCGGAAUUUCACGGCUUUGCUCCCUCUUUGUUCCAGGUUUGUCCAGCUGGGGUUACGGCUGUGGAAUAGCUGGGCGACCAGGGGUUUACGCGGACAUUAUUGAGCUCAAGGACUGGAUCAACCUUCAGAUCAACGUUUGACGCCCCUGACCUUGCAUGCAUCACACAUUAUGGUACGGAGGCGAAGAUCAACAUAAUACCACGCACACAAAAAACAAAAAAAAAUUCUUCAUAUGUCGCUUCCCGGUUCAUGUUUCGUUGGCGCUCACCAUCCGACCAAUCGAAUAAACAAAAUAUACAAAUAUAUCAAA